CUCUUCCUCCUCCUCCUCACUGCAAUCAGCUCAGUUCCACACUUCUCUGCAUCUCCCGUUAGCCGCUGGACGCUGCAACGACUCCUCCUUUCUCCUCCACCGGACCAGAUAGCGGAUAUCACCCUUUAGAAACAACCGAACAACAUCUCUGAUCAUGUCGUCAGUACUGCAGAAGCUGAUCAGCCCCAUGGCCAGCGGCUCCGCUGAGCCUCCCAGGAACAAGGUGACGGUGGUCGGCGUGGGCCAGGUGGGCAUGGCCUGCGCCGUCAGCAUCCUGCUGCGGGAUCUGUGUGACGAGCUGGCUCUGGUGGAUGUGAUGGAGGAUCGUCUGAAGGGAGAGAUGAUGGACCUGCAGCACGGCAGCCUCUUCCUCAAGACCUCCAAGAUCGUUGCUGACAAAGACUACGCGGUGACAGCCAACUCUCGCCUGGUGGUGGUGACAGCCGGUGUUCGCCAGCAGGAAGGCGAGAGCCGCCUCAACCUGGUGCAGAGGAACGUCAACGUCUUCAAGGCCAUCAUCCCCCAGAUCAUGAAGUACAGCCCCAACUGCACGCUCAUCGUCGUCUCCAACCCCGUCGAUGUGCUGACCUACGUGACCUGGAAGCUGAGCGGUCUGCCCAAACACCGCGUCAUCGGCAGCGGCACCAACCUUGACUCCGCCCGCUUCCGCUACAUGAUGGCCGAACGUCUCGGCAUCCACGCCAGCUCCUUCAACGGCUGGGUGCUGGGCGAGCACGGAGACACCAGCGUGCCUGUGUGGAGCGGUGCCAACGUGGCAGGAGUCAACCUGCAGAAGCUGAAUCCUGAGAUCGGCACUGAUGCUGACAAGGAGCAGUGGAAGGCCACACACAAGGCUGUGGUGGACAGUGCCUACGAGGUGAUCAAGCUGAAGGGUUACACCAACUGGGCCAUCGGCCUGAGUGUGGCCGACCUGACCGAGAGCAUCAUCAAGAACAUGAGCCGCGUCCACCCCGUCUCCACCAUGGUCAAGGACAUGUACGGCAUCAGUGAGGAGGUCUUCCUGUCUCUGCCCUGCGUUCUGAACAGCAGCGGCGUGAACAGCGUUAUCAACAUGACCCUGACAGACGCCGAGGUUGGCCAGCUGAGGAAGAGCGCCGACACACUGUGGGGCAUCCAGAAGGACCUCAAGGACCUCUGAACACUCCAACACAUAUAUAACACACAGCAAUGAUCCGGAGAGGCCUGUCCACACGCACACACACUCUCUUUUAGACUCUUGUUUUAAAGGACAAUACCAGUGUUUUUAAAAAAUGAUGUCAGUUAAGUGUUCAGUUUUAUAAUGUAUGUCAUCAGUAUGCAUUAUGUCACCGUCUAUUUCCUGUCAAUCAUCAACACCUCAAAAAAGUCAUAAAAAAUGACUGGUAUUCUCCUUUAAAAAAAGAAAAAAAGCACAUUUGCUCCCCAUCUCUCUGCUCUAGUAGGCUGAAGUUGCUGUGUUAUUGUGUCUGUGGUAGGAGGUGUAGGCUGACCUGUGUUACUGUACUCUGUAUGGAUUCUUGUGUUUCAGCUGGAUCAAACACAACCCUCAAAGCCAAAAGUGUCACUGUUCUCUUCCUGUUUGUACUGAGUUGUUCCUUCAGCUCCCUGCAGGGAAUCACUGAGAAAAAGACCAUAAACGUCCAGAGAAAGACCCUAAAAAUCCGAAAGGACACUUGUUUUCUUCCUGCCUUUGUCUAAAAGUGAGACUGUACAGCACAGAGACGGCUACACAUUUAUGUCAACACGCAUCAAAUAGUGAAUUGUGAGUUUAAUGUGGGUUUUUCUUCUCCUGUUUCCUCGGUGUUGUCAAAGGGAGACGGAGCGGUGGGGGAGAGUGGAAAUGUCUUUUUAACCAUAAAACAAAAUCAGUUGUGACUGUCUGACCUUGUGUUGUAAUCUGUUGGAAACAGCAACGUGUAACUUAAUUAAUAAACUUCAACCUCAUGAAA